AUGAUGAAGAGAGUUUUCUCCGCGAAUUUGAAUUUGAAGUGGCGAAAUAUUAAAGAAAAGAGGAUGAAGAUUUGCCUGCUGGGAAUUAUUUGCUGUCUGCCAUUUCUAGUCUUUAUUUUUGCGAAAUCGAUGUCUCCUGAAAUUCGAUACUCAGCUUUUUUCAGAGAAGUUUAUUAUGACUCAACAACUCAAGCCUCCUUGAAGAACAUGUACGCCGAGAAAGAGUAUUUACUCAACGAGGUCGAUAAUUUGCGAUCUUCUUUGAACCAGCUUUCGAGUCGAAUAGACCGUUUUCUCCUGAAUCUCGACAUGAGCAACGAUCAAGAUUGGAAUUUUUACGCUGAUACUUAUAUUUCCGGUUGUACGAAAAACCGCUGCGAAAAGAUCGAAAGUCUCGAAGAAGCAAAAGAGCGAUGCAAAAAAGCUGACGAUUGCAUUGGAAUAACACGAGAAAAUGGAGCCUUUCAGCUGCGCGCCGGUCCAAAAGCGUAUUCCAGCACGAGCGGGGAACAUUCAUGGAUGCUGAAGCUAGAAAAAUGCGACGAUGAGCUGGAGGGAGAGCACAUGAUCAACAUCGGCUAUUUGGAGAAGUCGUACAAAGAUUUGAGAGAACAGCGAUUUCGGCGGCCGGAUGGAAGGUGCAUUUAUAAUGGUCAAUUUUCGCACAUCAACAAGUUGCUCGAAUUUAACCCGAAGCUCAAUUUCUCCACCCUUCAUUCUCCAUCAACCUGCGAUUUUACCAACUCCAACGAAUCCGACUUCGAAUCCAUUCUUUUCGGAAUCAAGUCAAUGCCCGAGUCAUCCAACUUCCGAAACUCCAUUCGCGACACUUGGCUCAACCCAGAUCUUUGGACCAAACUCGGGUUCAAAAUCAAAGUCGUCUUCAUCAUCGGGCAGAAGGAAAAUGCGAAUCUGACGGAAGAAAUGAGGAAAAAUGAAGAUUUGCUGGUGCUGGACUUUGAAGAGAGUCAUUAUAAUUUGCCCUACAAGGACAUGGCGUUUUUGAGGUUUAUUGAAGAAAAAUGCUCUACAGCGGAUUUCGUCUUCAAAGGCGAUGACGACAUCUUAUUGGUCCCCCAAAAUCUCAUCAACGAAAUCUCCAAAAUCAAAUCCUCCUCUUCCAUCGAAGCCAUUGGUUGCAAAAAGGACCCGAACUUGUCGCCCGAAAUCCGAGAAUAA